ACCGCGCUUCACGUCGAUCUCUGGCUCCUCGUGUAUGGGCCAGUGCAUGGGACAGAGUCCGCUGGGCAUGGCACGGAUACCGUCUUCCAUGGCCCUCGAGGACCUCGAUGACAUCCUUCCACACAUCGUAGAUGAAGGUUUGCCUGGAGGGGGAGAAUUCGUUGUGGCCAACCUGGGCGAGGGGGAGCGCACCGCGAGCGUCAUCGCGCUCUUGGUGUGGCACGGCUUCCUGCCCAUGUCCGGCGGUCGAAGAAACGUCGAUCUCCUGCUGGGCAAGAUGCACAUGAAGCGUUGUGUCCUGGAGCCCCGCAAGACGCACGUGCCCAAGAAGGUGCGCAAACGCGCCAAGGAGUUCCGCCUUACGGUGGACACUGCGUGGCGGGAGGUAGUGGAAUCCAUCCAGCGGCUCACUUACACCACAGCCCCAGGUGAUUGCUGGCUCAGCGACAAAGUGGCGGAGGGCUAUCAGGAUGUGCACAAACUCAGUCCAAAGUGGCGGAGAGGCAUCCGAUUUAUGUCCGUAGAGCUGUGGCACGCUGAGACCAACGAGCUGGUGGCCGGUGAGAUAGGCUACACUUGUGGUAGCGUCUACAGUAGCUGCACGGGCUUCAGUGUCAAAGACAAGUACCCCGGCGCCGGCUCAGUGCAAUUGGUUGCCCUGGGAGCUUGGCUGGCAAAGCAAGGCUUUCAGCUGUGGGAUCUUGGCAUGGAGCUUGACUACAAGCUGGAUCUCGGAGGGCACAUGGUGCCGCGUGCCGCCUGGGCGAAGGAGGUCCGCUCCCUGCGCCACAGAAGCUGCGCCUUGGGAUGCCCAACAGGUGACGAAGCCUGCGCAGCUGCUUUGCUGCCGGUCCUUCUGCCGGAGGCUUCGCGGCCGGCGGAAGGUACUGCGCCGGCCGAGGAGAAAGGCAAGAAGAAGCAAAAGUCCAGGCUCAUCAAUGGCUCUCAUGAGGUAGCAACCGAAAGCUUUGCCACGGCAUAACAUGACUCACCAAAA